UCUUCGUGUCCGCAGGACGAGGAAGGCGGAGCGCGGGGCUACUGGCAGGGCGUGCAGGUGCUGCAUGGCGGCGGGCACCGGGGCCCUCGGGCCCUUCCCCGCCGCCGCGCUGCACGAUUUCCCCUACUCCCCCCAAACCGCGGCCCCCGUCUCCCACGGCCCCGCGGCGGGGGGGGUUCCUCCGGCCGCCGAUUUGGUGCUGGGAGCCGCGGCCGGCUGCAUGGCCUGCGUGCUCACCAACCCGCUGGAGGUGGUCAAGACGCGGCUGCAGCUGCAGGGCGAGCUGCGGGCUCCCGGCACCUAUCCCCGGCCGUACCGCGGCGUGCUGCGGGCUGUGGGAGCCGUUUGCCGUGCCGACGGGCUGCGGGGGCUGCAGAAGGGGCUGGCGGCGGGGCUGCUGUACCAGGGGCUGAUGAACGGCGUCCGCUUCUAUUGCUACUCCUGCGCGCUGGACGCCGGCUGGACCGGGUGGCCCGGGGGCACCGUGGUGGCCGGGGCGGUGGCCGGGGCGGUGGGAGCCUUCGUGGGCAGCCCCGCGUACCUGGUCAAAACCCACCUCCAAGCCCAGACGCUGUCAGCCAUGGCCGUGGGCCACCAGCACAACCACGAGAGCAUCUCGGACGCCUUCGGGAGCAUCUACCGGCAGCACGGCGUGGCAGGGCUGUGGCGUGGGGUGUCGGGCGCGGUGCCACGCGUGGCCGUGGGCUCGGCUGCACAGCUCGCCACCUUCACCUCUGCCAAGGACUGGGUCUGCCAGCACCAGUGGUUCGGGGAGGGCAGCUGGGCAGCGGUGCUGGCGGGCGGCAUGGUGAGCGGCGUGGCCGUGGCGGUGACGAUGACGCCGUUUGACGUGGUCAGCACUCGGCUCUACAACCAGCCCGUGGAGGCUGACGGCACGGGCAAGCUGUACCGCGGCUUCCUGGACUGCUUUGCGCAAAUCUCCAGCAAGGAGGGGCUGCUGGGGCUCUACAAGGGCAUCGGCGCCGUCUACCUGCGCCUGGGCCCCCACACCGUGCUCAGCCUUUUCUUCUGGGAUGAGCUCAGGAGGAUGGUGCGGCCGCAGCCCCCCCCGGGGCCGUAGGACCCCACGGAUA